GAUGAUCUGGAUGCUGAGCGAGAACAAGAAAAAGCGAUUCAUUAUUCGGAUCUUUCUUUAGAAGCCAUGUCAGCUGUGAGUGAUCCGCGCUUCCCUGUCGACGUCCGACUUAUCGGCGUGAUGAGGAAAGAAAAGAGCAAAAUGUACAUUACAUCCGUGUUGUGGUCUGACCAGAGCGAGAUGACAGUGUACAGGUCUCUCCAGGACUUCAAGAGGCUUCACAGGCAGCUGAAAAAGAAAUUUCCUGUGGAAAAACCAUUUGGUAAAGAGGAUAGGGUGCUCCCCCAUUUUGGAGCCCGAAACACAAAGAGAACCUUUCCGCUGAAGGGUCUGGUCAAGUCUGUGCAUCGACUGAACGGUCUGGAGAAGUAUUGUUCCAGUCUGUUGCAGUGUAACGCUGCUGUAUCACAUUCCACAGCUGUUAUUCAGUUCUUCCUGCCAAAUGAGCAAGAGCUUCAGAAAGAGUUUACCCAAAACAGUGUUAUGAUUCUGCGAUCUGAAAACAUUCCCACUGUCAAUCGAGAAAAUAAACGUCUGGCAAUGACGUUUGGCAAUGUGACCCAGCCUUUCGUAUCAAAGACAUAUAGAUGUGUGGCUCCAUAUGAGACUAAGGAUACUAAGUACAAACCCUUUAAGGUUGUUAAGGAGGAAAAACUGAAUGUGCUGAUCAAAGACCAAGCAGGUUGGUGGCUCGUCGAGAAUGAAGAUAAAUGUUUAGCUUGGUUUCCUGCUCCCUACUUGGAGUUAUGUGAUAAGGAAGAAGAUGAGGAUGAUUUCGACUCAGCUACUGUUGAAAUGCCACUGUACUGUGCCACAAGAGGUUAUACUUCCAAAAAAGAGGAUGAGCUGUCCCUGAGCAUUGGCACUGUUGUGGAGGUGGUACAGAAGACUAAUAAUGGCUGGUGGCUUGUUAGAUAUAACAGUAAGGCAGGCUAUGUGCCCUCCAUGAUCCUAAAGCCAUACAACAGCCCCACAGUUGGCCUUCAGAAUCUCCAGAGGAAACUUCAUAUUUGCACUAUUUCCGCCAACAACUCCUUCAAGCAUGAUGCAAACUCCACUGAGUCUCAGGCCCACACACAAUACAUAAUGAAUAGUUUCCUCAAAUCCUGCUCUCUGGAAGUGCUGUCAGAGCACCAGCGCCAGUACAGUGCUCCAGAGGAUGAAGAGCAUGAGGGGUCUGACAGCCUCAAGAACAGCUUCAGCGAUAAUGCAACCGACUUAAGCUUCAGUUCCUCAGACACAGAGUCUAUGAGCCCAAGCAUGUCCAGCUCAGAUGGAGAAGAGGGCCUGAGACAGCCUGAUAAAGAGCAAGAGUCAGACGCCAACGGAAGUGGUAUUUCCAGAGGCCAGUCCAGCCCCACCAGCUCAGAAAGUGGUGACCCUGUGAAUGCAGCCAGAUACCCCAGGGUACCACCAAGACCGCAAAUGCAAGAGAUCCUCAGUCGCUGCACUACCUACACCCGUAAAGCUGCUCUGGCAAACACUGCACGUCUGUUCCCUGAAAGAGCAUGUUUAGUAGAUGGAGGUAGAGGUGUGAGAGUGUUCACUGAAAAAGAAAGUAUGGUUUCAUAAUAAUGACACACUAAAUAAUUGUUUCACUUCAUAACUCCUGCAUAACGUAUAUUGCUCUUUUUCUACAUGGUUCACUGUAAUCUCUUUGUAUUGUCUCUUGUAGUCCUUUGUGCAGAUGUAUCCAUCAAAUAUUAAAUAGAUUGAUUAAAGAAAGGCAGUUAAAGGAAUAUUCCGGGUUCAAUACAAGUUAAGCUAAAUCGACAGCAUUUGAGGCAUAUUAUUGAUUACCACAAAAAUAUAUUUUGACUCGUCCCUCCUUUUCAUUAAAAUAAUCUGGGUUACAGUUCUUACCAGCACUUAACUUCGUAACAGCACUUACAAUGGAAGUGAAUGGUACCAGUCUGUAAGCGUCAAAAUAACUAAUCGUUUUAAAAAGUAUGGCCACAAGACAUAAACUACAGUAUAUGCGUGUUAACAUGAUUUUAGUGUGAUAAAAUCGCUCAUUUACCUUUUACAGCUAGUUCUAAACAAAUUUACCACUUCAUUGCCAUUGUGUAAUGUCAACAAACCCUAAAAUGACUGUAAAAUUGACAAUUUGAACAACUUUACAGCUCAAAUAAUACACAAGUUUUAACAGAAGAAUUAAUGGAAGUGCUUUUAUGAAAUUAUAAGCUUCACAUUUCUGCCUUUAAACCCUCCAAAUAUUGUCCCCAUUCACUUGCAUUGUAAACGCCUCACUGUAACCUUGAUUUUUGAAAGAAAAGGAGAAAUGAGUUAAAAUAAUUUUUUUAUGACAAUCAACAUUAUACCACAAAUGCUGUGUACUGGGGCUUCAGUUAAAAAAAUGUCACCAAGUUUAUAUUCGGUCAUCUUUUUGUAUGUCCUGAAGUUAAUUGUAUUCCAUACUGGAAUUGGUUUAAACAGUAAGUUGUAACAGAAUUACAUUCCCUGAAGUAACUUUUCAAAUGUCCUGUAACUAUUUCCUCCAAGAGACUGAACAGAAGUCUGAAAGGAAUGUUCCUGGUUCGAGUAAGGCUCAACUGACAACAUUUGUGGCAUGCCAAUUGAGCCUUACUUGUCUUGAAGCAGGAACAUUCCUUUAAAUAGGGAAACUAAAAACUGUAAUACAGAGGAAAACACACUGAAUACUUCCAGAUAUUGAAAAAGUGAUAAAUACAAUACAGAUACAAUUGGUUUAGAAAGCUUUGUAAGUACAACAAACUGAUUUAUUCUACUAUUUUUGCUCUUUUAUUAGCUUUAAUUAUAGCCUAUUUAUGAAUGUACUCUAUGAACCUACUUGCGGUAUAAUGUCUUAUGAUAUUAUUAAAAUAUGAACCUAUUUUAUGAACAUGAAUCUACUUUUAUAAUCAGUGAUUGAGUUUUUCUGGUGAAAGUUACCCUCACAUAUGCCUAAAUAUCUAAUUAUGAUCAUAUCACGGUAAGAUGAAAAGGCAGCAACUGCUAAUAAAAUGCAAAUAUUAACAUAAUAAAGAGCAAAGUUUUCUCUGUAAAUAUGUUGGAAACUACAUUUGCUUAAAUAGCAAACUGUGUUAAUACAUUGUUUACAAGCGGACAUUCUCAGAAACAGUGAGUUGUCACUUUUUAUUGCAUUUACUGUAUCAAAUUCUAUUGCUUGUUUGUUGAGUUGCUUGUGCAGGUGCACAUGUGUUGGCAAAUUCAGCUUCCCCCCACAGAUUUCCCUUAUUUUGUAACCACUGAAGGUAUAAAGUAAAUACAGAAUGGAAUGGCAUGGAAAGAUUAUUUUACAGCCUAUAAUGGUCAACAUUCAUCAGUUAUGUUGCAACAACAAUAUUGUGUCUGGUAAAUAAUGGUGGUAAUAUUCAUUAUUCGUUUUUUGUAGCUAAGACUUUGCCAUAUGCCAAUAGAGAAAUUGACUUUCAAAAUAUACCCUGAGAAAUUCACUGAAGCAAAAAAGUUACAACUAGCCCUGGUCUCCCUUCUAUUUUUAGACGUGGACAAUUUUACUUCGACAUAAAAUUCCUUGAACAUGCCAUGUAAGAAAUUAGUUUUGAGCUUCUUAAAAAUAAAAGCAACAUAAAAUCAC